UACAUCGCGUUGCCCGUGGAGAUGCGCUGUGGAGUGGGAUAUUGCAUAGAGCAUACCUGCUUGAAUAUGUGGUAGCUGGCAUACCAUGGCCUCAAGUGAUGACACUGCUGGCAAGACCUGUCCUGAUCUACUAAACAUUGGCCAGGAGAGCUCUGGUGUCGAGUCGCUCCUUCUCCUGAAGAAGCCACCGCCAGCAGCCGAGCGCGCCACAUUCCGCGUGCCGACCAGCUCGGUGCUGAGCCGCGUGCGCAGCUUCCUGCCGCGCAUGCGCGAGGCCGAGGCCGAGCUGCAGCAGCGGGUGGCCACCGGCGGCGCCGACAGCGUCAGCAUCGAGACGGACGACUCUGAGCGGCCGCACAUUGAGAUGAGCCUGGGCCUCUGCGAGCUGGACGCGGCCUCGAGCGACUCGGAGUCGGAGGGGUCAGCGAGCAGCGGCGCCGAGGAGGAGGACGCGCCUGUCGGCCCGGUCACGGCCGACAACUUGCGGCUGCCCGGCGCUGCAACGCGCCGGCUGGUGACGGAGGUGCCGCUGCCCGGCGACGGCCAGUGAGCGCCACGUCAUGAGCGACUCCGAGAGCGAUGGCGGCGCCGCCGCCGAGCCCGACCUGGAGACGCUGGCGCGGCGCGCGGCCGAGGCGCGCCUGCUGCGCCAGCUGGGCGGCAGCGGCGGCGGCGGCCGCUCCUCCGAGAGCGACGCCAGCGACGAUCUGCGCGGUCCCGGCGACGUCGUCUGUCACGACUCGCCGCAGGAAGAGAUGCUGGCGGCGGCGGAGAGUGGCGCGCUGGAGCGUGUCGACAGUCUGAUCCAGCAGGAUGCUGCGCUGGCCCAUGCGCGCGACGCGGACGGGUACACGCCCCUGCACCGGGCCGCCUACAACGACCACGCCCAGGUGGCCGAGCGGCUGCUGGCGGCCGGAGCCGACGUGGCGGCGCGCACCGGCGAGGGCUGGACGCCGCUGCACUCGGCCGCCCGCUGGAACUCGGUGGCCUGCCUGCAGCUGCUGCUGCUGCACGGCGCGGACGUCAACGCCGUGACGGAUGGAGGCCUAACGGCGCUGAUGGUGGCGGCGUCGAGCGCGGACGCACGUGACGCCUGUUUCCUGCUGCUCACCACGCCCGGCGUCCGCCUGGAGCUGACCAACGGCAGCGGCGACACGGCCGCCGCCAUCGCGCGCCGCUCGGCCGCCAUCGAGCCGCUGUUCGAGAUCACCGAGCCUUACAUGACCGACAUCUGAGCCCCGUCACCGACGCGCCGCUCGGCCGCCAUCGAGCCGCUGUUCGAGAUCACCGAGCCUUACAUGACCGACAUCUGAGCCCCGCCAUCGCGCGCCGCUCGGCCGCCAUCGAGCCGCUGUUCGAGAUCACCGAGCCUUACAUGACCGACAUCUGAGCCCCGUCGCCGACGCGCCGCCAACGCCGGGCGUAUGACGCGCCGUCAGAGCUGAACAGACCAGACCGCGGGCGAGAGGCAGCGCCGCUGGCGAACGGAGGCGGUGCGGACGAGCUGCUCUCAAGUAAGACGGGUCAGUCGGCCCGGUCACGCUGGUGACCGGCCGCGACAGAGGCUGACCAGUCCACCGCCAGGGCGCCGGGCGGCGUGGCUGCUCCGCGCCCUGGCCAUCGGUCACGCUGCCGCGUGAUCUCGGCCUUGCGGUGAGUCGACCUGUGUGUUCUAGGAAGGCGUGUCGGAUCCCCCCCCCCCCCCCCGCCCACCGGCCGGAGGGGGCCUGGCAGCACGACGCUUGCUGCCGGCGGACUGAAGUGAUACGGCUAUCCGUGUUGAUUUGGUGUUCCAUCCGCGAGGUGUGUGUCCGCUGCGGUGUAUGUUGCGAUGCUGCUUCGCACGUUUUCCAUGAGUCGCAAUACAACUUCCGA